AUGGAUCCCAGUGGUACAUACAUACGGUAUGAUGCGAAAGCAAUCGGAUCGGGUUCGGAAGGUGCACAACAAGCCUUACAGGAAGUCUUUCAUAAGAAUAUGACACUUCGGGAGGGAUGCAAACAUGCCCUGUCCAUAUUGAAACAAGUUAUGGAAGAAAAGUUGGAUUCCACAAAUGUUGAGAUGGCCACGGUCAGUGUACAUAACAAGUUUCAUCUUUUCGACAAGGAUGAGGUGCAACAAAUCAUCCAGGAGCUUGCUCAAAGUUAA